CCCAAGAGCCAGCCCGUCAAAUUGUUGUGCCUAGUCGCAGCCACUGGUGGGUUGAGCCGCGCACCGCUCGUCAUUGCUGGCCCCUGGACAGAUCAAUCGCAGUCAGGAGGUCCCCGUCGAGAGUAGGACCCACGCACACAGCGCCCAACCCGUGUCGCUGCCGUGGUCACCCGAGGCCUCGCUCGCUAGUAGAAGCCUGAGUGCCCUGGAGCCCGCAGUGCCCCUCGGUCCCAGCGGCGUCCCCAAACGCCUCUUCAGCCGCACCCUCGUCCUCGGAACCCCCCCCCGAGGCACCUGCUGUUAAUGCGCCAAAGGGUCCCCUCGCUCUCCUUACGUAUCCCUGGUGGCUCUCGUCGUCCUCCCCAAAGGACUCGCGGCAUUCCCUCGGUGGGCGUCGUCGCCCCUCGAUGCAGUACGCCCAUCAUCAGCACGCUCGCUGACAAACUCGCAGUGACUUGGCCGUCGGGGCUUCCAAGGACGACCUCCUUCGCGUAGUAGUGACUCCAAGGAACGACAACGUAGUGAAAAGAUACCCGGAGAGAAAGGGAGGAAGAGAGAGAGAGAGACAGAGAGAGAGAGACAGACAGAGACAGAUAGAGAGAGAGAGAGAGAGAGAGAAAUUGAGUGCGUCAGUGUGUGUUUGCGUGCGCGUAUUGUUUUGCAACACAAGGCUGGCCAGGUCCGGAGCCGCGUCCAAGCGAUUGCGGCACUGACGGUCAUCACGAGGAAUGUUCGGCCUAGGCGAGGGCCUGCCACAGCCACGGGGCCCCGUCACCACCCUGAAGGAGGAGCCCUUGUCCUCCACCAGGUCCUGGAUGCAGCCGACCAUGGUGGAAAACACCCACACGAGUGUGGGACUGGGUCGUGCGCACUUCGAGAAGCAGCCCCCAAGCAACCUGAGGAAAUCCAACUUCUUCCACUUCGUCAUAGCCCUCUACGACCGUGCUGGACAGCCCAUCGAAAUCGAACGAACAGCCUUCCUGGGAUUCAUUGAAAAAGACCAAGAGCCGGAAGGACAGAAAACCAACAAUGGCAUCCAUUACAGACUACAGCUGCUGUAUGCAAAUGGCAUAAGGCAGCAGCAAGAUAUUUAUAUGAGACUUAUUGAUUCAGUCUCCAAACAGGCAAUCGUAUACGAGGGUCAAGACAAGAACCCAGAGAUGUGUCGGGUUCUCCUCACACACGAAGUGAUGUGCAGCCGGUGUUGUGACAAGAAGAGCUGCGGAAAUAGAAACGAAACGCCUUCUGAUCCAGUCAUAAUAGACAGAUUUUUUCUGAAAUUCUUCCUGAAGUGUAACCAGAACUGCUUGAAGAAUGCCGGUAACCCCAGAGAUAUGAGGCGUUUUCAGGUGGUGAUAUCACAGCAGGUGGACGUCACAGGGCCCCUUCUGGCCGUCUCCGACAACAUGUUCGUCCACAACAAUUCGAAACACGGCCGAAGAGCCAAACGACUCGACCCAACCGAAGGAAUGUUUGGUGAGUACUUCUGUCUAUAUCCGCCGCUGCCAGCGACACCUUGCAUCAAAGCGAUCUCACCUUCGGAGGGCUGGACGACAGGCGGCGCCACGGUCAUCAUCAUCGGGGACAACUUCUUCGACGGACUCCAGGUCGUAUUCGGCACCAUGCUCGUCUGGAGUGAGUUGGUGACCUCUCACGCUAUCCGGGUCCAGACUCCGCCUCGACACAUUCCGGGCGUCGUAGAGGUCACUCUGUCUUACAAGUCAAAACAGUUUUGCAAGGGCGCCCCGGGCAGAUUCGUCUAUGUGUCCUUGACAGAACCCACCAUCGACUACGGUUUCCAGCGCCUGCAGAAGCUCAUCCCGAGACAUCCAGGCGACCCGGAGAAACUUCCGAAAGAGAUCAUCUUGAAAAGGGCGGCGGAUCUAGCAGAGGCCCUCUACUCCAUGCCCAGGAACAAUCAGUUGGCCUUACCGGCGCCCAGGUCGCCAGCCAUGAACCAGACGUCUGCUAUGACAGGCUUCAACACGUACACGGGACAACUCGCUGUCAGUGUACAGGACACAGCUAAUACCCAGUGGGGAGAAGACGACUACAACCGCGGCCAGGCCCCCGGCGUGAGCUUAUCGUCACCCCGGGGAGGAUUCGGGUCCAAUGCCUCCACGCCUCACACCUCCUCCACCGGGUCGGCGUCGUCCUCCUCCUACGGCGCCUCUCUGAACGCUGCCGGCUACUCCUCCUCCCCUUCCAACCUUGCAAACAUGACCUCGUCGCCGAGCCUCUUCAACAGCACCACAACUGGUGGUGGUGGGCACGGCGCUACGCAUCACUACCCCCCUCCCCCACCACACCCCCAUCAUCACCACCACCAUCACCAUCACCAUGGAAGUUGGGGAAGCGGCACUGGUUCGACCUCAUCCGCCCUCCUGUCACAGUUCACCGCUGGAAUGACCAACAAACAACGCAGUGCCUUCGCCCCCGUCAUUCCAAGCCUUCCAGCGACCCCGCCUCUCACGCCCAUCACUCCCAUGGGGGCGUCGACGACGAGCACCACCGCUUCCGCCGCCGCCGCCGCUUCCAUGAACGCAAACAGUGCUGCUGUGGCAGCUGCUGCAGCUGCGGCAGCCGCGGCGUCCCCCUGGCAACAGCUUCUCUCCUAGUGCUAUGAAUGGGUGGCUUCAUGUCCUCCGCCUUUACCUCCAUGGGGCACUUCACCUUGCCCCCCUGUGGAUCACAGCCCUACGGUCCUGCCCUGGUCCACUCAGCCGCAUCCAAGUGAUAACGAAAACGAGGGAAAGUAGAUUUGCUCUCCCCUGCGAACUCAUAGAAAGCAAAGGAGUGAAUGCGCAUCCAUCAGGCCAUCCUUGGGCCCACGAGGGUCUUCGGGUGAUCUGCAUCUACUACUGCUGAGUCUGCGUUCUUCAUCUUGGCACCAGCUUGUUUGGGUUCUUCGGCAUUCGGCCUGCCCUUUCAAACGCUAGUAUGGACAAGAGAAGCGUCGGUGGUGAAUGAUUCGAGUUUUUCCGAGUGUGGUGGUAUUUUAGUAACACGGGAAAUCCAUUGAUCCUCGGUAGAAGAAGGGCGCGUGCUGAUAAUUAUACUUGGAGGUAUUUGGCUGUUAAUCAUCUUCAACUGUGAUGACGUAUACGGAAGAAAGCAAGAUGUUGACGUCGAGGCUGAGGAACAAGGUGGGGAUGGCCGAGAUCCAACGACGCAAAACCUUAUUUGCUCGAAUCACUUCGUUCUGUCUCGGGUUCUCCCCAUCUUCCUUCCUCGACCUCGGACGAGAUUGCUGUACUCACGCGAGAUACAUAUCCAUUGUUAUUGUGGUGACGACAACCAGAAGUGAACAUAAGAGGUGAUCGAAAAUGUCAUGUGGGUAGCAAGUAGCAUCGAAGGGAAUAAAUACUCCGAAUGUAUGGACGUGUGCGUAUGAGUGUGCGUGAAUGUGUAUUGAGCUGCGGAGCGCGCGAGUCGAGAGAUGAUAAUAUAUAUAUAUUUCUUCCCUUCCAGUAACUACCUGUGGAUCAGGCGGUCAGUGUGAACCUGGAGAGGCGCAGUCAGUAGCCGGUCUUCCUCACUAAUUAAGUUAGGGCAAUUAAUUACCUCUCAUCGUCGCUAAUCUCACACAUCUCAUUGUUGUUGAACUGAAUAGAAAGGGAGGUGUUCAUUAUUAUUAUUAUUUUAGGGAAUAACGUUCCUGCCUUUCCGUUUUCCGUUCUCUUUUCUAUACUCAGGAGGCAUUGGAUCCUUUAUAAUAGACAAGUAGGUAUUUAUACAUUGAAAUCGGGGGUCGAUUACUGUUGAUCUGAUUUAUUUGAAAUAAAGGAAGUGGUGGUCUGGAUGCCACGACUGACACAGCAGAGGCAGUUCGGGAAUGCAAAGGAAUUAAGCACGCUGGCAUUGGUUGUCACUGAAUCUGGUCUAAAUUAGGAGACAAAAAGUAAUGUACAAGACUCAUUGGGCUUCACAAUUUUUUCAGGAGCGGACAUUUUAAUUUUAACUGCUCAUAACCAUCACUGACAAUCUACGAAAUUUCAUUAAAUUCAAGUCCCCAAUUGAUAUGUCGAAUGGCUCGUUAAUUCCGUACGAAACUGUGCAAUGUUUUAAGUGCUUUUUUUAUUAUCAUAUUUAAGAGGUACAAAACCCCAAACACACAAAAAAAGAAGUGGGCUUUCGACAAACGAGCUUCGUAAAAUGACAGAAUGAACCUCGUGCAGUGAUGUGGCAUCCCACAAUUAACCUUUGACUUCACAAACGAAGAAGAAACACUCAUUGAUUAAUAUCACCUUGAUAUAUAUUAUUAUAGUCCGUAGUAUUGCGAGCGGCUCCUCCUCUUUCGGGAGAGACCAAAAGGGCCCCUCUUAUGGGUAAAAAAAAAAAAUCAUUCGUUACCAAGCCUUGUAUAUUAUGUUUUGUAAAUACAUGUACAUUUUUUAAUCACUGUAAACAAAACGGCUUUGUUAAGUUAUUGGAUGGUUAUAUAUUAUCUUUUGUAGGUGUUAACGUUGCAUUUGUUAUUCAAGUCUUCAUUGGUAGUCUUUUCAUUUGUUUUCAUUCGCGUUUCUUCCAUCAACGUACGAGAAGAUUUAGGGUUCCUUACAGGAGGGCGAACGAUGCACUUUGUUGCUGCAGAACACUUUUUUUUCCAUGAAUUUCCAGAUUUGUUUUACAAAUUCCAUUUAUUUACGACAACGUCAACUUUACACAGAUUUAUUCCCACCCCUCCCUUCGUUCGCAUCGUUUUCUGAAAAAGACAAUAAGAUAAGAUCCCCCCCCCCCCCCCCUCAUCGUACCUGUAUAUAAUAUGUAAUACAUAUCAUUUACUAUUUUCAGACUACUCAAAACAUAAGGAAUAUGUAGGGCAAAGAUCUUGACAAUUGUUUUUACUCAAUGGGCGAACUGGAACAAUAAUAAUUUUGAUUUACUUCUUUCAACUCUGCGAAAGCUCAGGUCUUGUUUUGUAUUGUUUUUUUUUAAAGUGACGCAUUUUUUUCCCUUGAAGAAGUCAUCUAUGCUUUUCUUCUUUCUUGAAUAUUUAAUGGGUGACAAAUGGUGGCACAGCGGUCAUGCUCGACAUUAUUUUCGACUGGUGUCGUGAACAUCAGAAAUAAUGUUAUUUGGACGACUUUGGAUGUCAUGGAGAGAACACACUAUAUACGAGCGAGUGAUUCCAGAUGUGUUAUACUUUGAACUGACAACUUUGUCUGAAUAUUUGAAAGUCUUUUUGGUGAAAUUGUUAAUAUUUUUUUCCCCUAUUUUUUUAAAAUGCGUAGACUGUUGUUAAGAUGUUUUAUGAGUUGUUCCCUUUGGUAACUCUUUUAGUUUAUGUAGGUAUAGAUGUGUUAUACAAUUUGUAUUUCAUUUCGUAGUGAAUUGUAAGCCUUGUCUUGUUAUAUAACUAUUUUUUUUUACUUUACAUCUAGUUAUUGGAUUUUUAGUAAUACCUUUUUAUUAUUAUUUAGUAGUCUUGCUCAAUAUUCCAAGUGUGUCCUGGGGAGUCUCCUGACAUGAGAUUAUGACCUAACCAAGUUUGUUAAAGGUGAGGUCAUCGACCUUCCCUUAUCAUCUCACCAUAUUGUUGUUUAUUGCAAGUAAAAUCAUUGCUAUAUUUAAGUGUGAUAGUCCCAUGAAACCUUUUAUGUGUCUAGGAUAAGAAGAAUAAGAAAUACUAAAUGUAUUCUUUAUCAUGUACAGAGUAAAAUUUUCAACUUAAUUUCUUAGGUGUACAA